UGGGGAUAUAAGUAGAUGGUUCCAUUGCAUUCAAUGCUGAUAUUCUUCUCAUCAUCAAUCCACGCCGCCAUAACCCUAAUAAACCUCACCAUGGAAAAAGAACCCAACAGCAACAUCAUCCCAGACAGUCCCGAACCGGACGACAGCAUAGACAGGGACAUCCAACAAGCCAAACAACAAGAACGGAACCUCCUCCGCAAGAUAGACCUCCAUCUCGUAUUCCCGCUAUGGGUCCUCUUCGUCUUCGGAUUCCUCGACCGCAUCAAUCUCGGAAACGCCAGCGUCCUCGGCGUCGUCAAGGACCUGGAUAUGUCCGGUACCCAGCUGGCCGUUGCCAUGCAGGUAUUUUUCGUGCCGUACAUCCUGUUCGAUGUGCCGAGUAACAUUGUCCUGAGGAGGGUUGCGCCGUCUGUCUGGAUUAGCGCGUUGGCGUUUUUAUGGGGCAUAACAUCCAUGUGCCAAGGCUUCGUAAAACACGCCUCCGGCCUCAUCGCCUGCCGCUUCUUCAUGGGCCUGUUCGAGGCUGGCUUCGUCCCCGGCUGCACGUACCUGAUGGCCAUGUUCUACCAACGCCACGAGUACCAGAGGCGCUUCUCGCUGUUCUGGGUCGCGGGGCUGGUGGCCGGCGCCUUUGGCGGUCUUCUCGCCUACGCGCUGAACCACAUGGAUGGACUCCAGGGCUACGCGGGCUGGCGCUGGAUCUUCAUCAUCGAAGGUCUCCUCUCUGCCGUGCUUGCGGUGCCGAUGAAAUUCAUCCUGGCCGACUGGCCGGAUCAGGCACGUUUCUUGUCGGGGAGGGAGAAGGAGUUGCUUCGUGGCCGUCUUGCGAGGGAUCUUGUCCGCAGGCAACCCGAAACCGACGGUUACAGAGGAAUUAGCAUAGCAACAAUGGACCGGCUCGACCGCACAGCCUGUAAGCGCAUCCUCUCCGACUGGAAAAUCUACAUCGGCAGCAUCAUCUACCUCGGCGUAACGGUAUCCGGGUACGCGACAGCCCUAUUCAUCCCAUCCAUCAUGGCCUCGCUCGGCUACAGCGGCAUCCAGAGCCAAAUACACAGCAUCCCUGUCUGGAUAGUAGCUGCGGUCGUGACACUCCUCGUGUCCGUCGCAACAGACAGACUCAAGCACCGAUACGGAUUCAUCAUGUUCGGCGUCUUCGUCGCGAGUAUCGGGUACGUGCUCCUGCUCUGCCGCCCGUCGUCUACCGUCCCCGUAGGCGUGCAUUAUAUGGCCGUUUUCUUCGUCACAACGGGCACGUAUAUCGUUCAGCCUGUCACGCUGGUCUGGAUGGCGAAUAAUCUUGCUGGUCAUUACAAGCGUGCUGUUGGGCUGGCUGUUCAGGUUGGGGUUGGGAAUGUAGGCGGGAUUAUCGCGAGUAAUGUCUUCAAUGCCGAUCUGGCGCCGCAGUAUACGGCUGGCUAUGCUGUGUCGUUGGGUAUGAUGCUUUUGUGUGGGGUGAUGAGUUCGGUCUUUGCCUGGGGCGUGGCCACAGAGAAUCGACGCCGGGAGAGGGGUGGGAGGGAUUAUCGGUUGCGCGUGGAGAGUGCCUUGCGGAAUAUGGGAGAUGAUGAUCCUAGGUUUCGGUUUGUGUUAUGA